CUACAAGCAGCGAACUCAUGCGGAUUUUAGAAUAAUAUGUUUAUUAUUUAUUAAUUUUAAGCUUAAUUUAAUCACAUAAUGGAGUGUAUAAGCAUAUUAGAACGGGAAAUUGCCGAUUUGCGCAAGACCUUAGCCGAGAAAGAAACCGAGCUGUGCGAAAUUAAGAAGAAAUGGUUAUCGAAACCGCAAGACAAUCAGAUGCAAGCGAACCCCAACGGGUUUCAUGGCCAGGCCCAUGUAGAACGUCUGCCCCGAUGGGCAAUAGAAAGGUACAGCCGACAAAUCCUGCUGCCCGAGAUUGGUGUAGAAGGGCAGGCGGCGCUGCUGGCUGCUAAGGUGCUCCUGGUCGGAGCUGGUGGACUUGGCUGCCCGGCUGCCGCGUACCUAGCAGGCGCCGGUGUUGGUGAAAUAGGCCUUGUGGACUACGACACCGUGGAUGUGACCAACAUUCACCGGCAGCUGUUACACGGGGAAAUAGAUCAGGGCACCAGCAAAGUGCAGUCAGCCGCUGCCGCUUUAAGGAGGAUAAACUCUAACGUGACGGUGACCACACACGAUACGCAGUUGUCCUCUACCAACGCGCUGGACAUCGUGGGUCGGUACCAUAUGGUGCUGGACUGCUCGGACAAUGUACCGACUAGGUACCUUUUGAAUGACGCUUGCUCUCUUACUAAGCUGCCCCUUAUAUCCGGAAGUGCCUUAAAAAUGGAGGGACAGCUCACGAUAUACGGAUAUCGAGCGCCGAAGGAUCCCAACGAAAAGGAGGCAUACCAGGGCCCGUGCUAUAGAUGCCUCUUCCCGUCCCCCCCACCCCCCGAAACGGUCGGCAGUUGCUCCGCCAAUGGGGUGGCAGGGCCCGUACCCGGACUAAUAGGCGUGCUACAAGCGCUGGAGGCCAUUAAGCUUAUAGUGGGUUAUCCUCACAAUAAGCUGUUAGUCGAGCGUAUGCUUAUCUUCGACGGCGAUGACUGUACCUUCAGAAAUGUGAAACUCCGUCCGCGCAACGCAGAGUGCGCCGCCUGUUCGGCCUCCCCGACCAUCACUCGGUUGAUCGACUACGAGGCCUACUGCAAGGCGAAGGCCUCAGAUAAGAAAAAAGCCGACGCCAAAAUCAAAUCGCAACGUAGAAAAGAAGAGAAAGAAAAACGCAUGUCCGGCCAAAGCUACUACGGCUUCCGGAGAGACAGGGACAGAGCGAAAUGGGUCCAGGACGUGUUGAAGCAGGAGAGAAAGAUGGGUCCGGCCUGCUCAUCGCCGUUCUGUAAGAAAGGGAUGGCGAGAAAGUGCCCGAGCUUUAGCGAGGAUGUUAGGAUGAAGAUAUUUGAUUAUUUUUGGAACGAGUUGGAUUGGGCGGGGAAGAAGAAUUUUGUACGAUCUCUAGUGGACAAUAUACCCGCGAAACGAAGAAGACUGAAACACAAAGGCGAAAUAUCGAGAAAAGGCGACUCCAAAUUGUACCACCUUGUAUACAACGACCAAAAACUGCCCGUCUGCCGAACAACCUUCCUCAACACUCUAGGAGUCAAAGAGGCUAUGAUCAGAUGCUGGCUCGUCAAAGAAGAUAGACCUAAAGAACCCAAAAAGCCUCUAAAAGCUUUAAACGUAGAAACAUAUAUAGAUAGUUUACCUAAAGUCGAAAUUAAAUGUCCAUAUUGCAAAUCUACACCUAUGUACAGUGAUUUAUUCUACUUAGAUUUAAGUAGCGUUAAAAAUCAGUACCAAUUAUAUAAUCAUUAUGUAAAAGAUAUGAAAUUAAAAGGCUUGGUGCCGGCGUCUAGAAAGACGUUCUCUAAAGUAUUUUUGGCAAAGAAUUUAAAGAUUUUUAAGCCCAAAAAUGAGAGUGAUGUGUGUGAUAUAGUGAGCCAGCAUAAUGUUAUGAACAGUAGUUACCAAUUGGACAAUUUGAAUUUGGAUUUGGGACAGAGUGUUAUUAAUAUUAAUUAUACUACACAAUGGUGAACAAAAUAGACGUUUAUAAUUUAUAUGAUUGCUACAUAAUGCCUUCUUUAUUUAUAUUUAUUUAAAUACCGUAUCACUGUUGUCUCCCGGGUCACGCGACAACACCUUUGUCUCCUGGGUCACGCGACAACACCAACUCAAAAUAUUUUUGACUUUUGUUGAUUAAUUUAAAUAUGUACCUAUUUGUAUUGUAUUUAAUUGUAUAUAAAAUGUAAAUGACUGUAA